AUGGAAACAAAUAAAUUAGAAGGAAAAGAAAAGAAAGCAGGAAUAUGCAGAAUAUGUUUUAGAGGCUUCUUUAAAAGUAUAAAAGGACCAAGCAUAACUCACAGUAUUUUAUUUGGAAUAUGUGGAGGUCUUGUGUAUUAUGGAUCAUAUUAUUUUUAUCGUUUUUUAAAAAUUACAUAUUUUGACACUCAACAUGUGUCCAAUGAAAGCAGAAGGAGAUAUAUGGAAAAACAAAUGUUAUUUUAUAACGAUUUUGGAUACGAUUUAUCUAUGAAAUAUAUUGGAAACCUAUGUAAAUAUUAUGACCCAGUUGCCUUACGAUUACCUUUUCAACCACUAGAUGACAAAUAUAGGCUUUAA